AUGGCAGAGCCCUUCACGCCCCCGUCCUCUAUCCUCAUCGUCGGCUCCGGCGUCUUCGGCCUGUCCACGGCCUACGCCCUGACCCGGCGCCCAGAAUGGGCCCAGACUGCCAUCACGUUGCUGGACCGGUCCUCGGGGGGCGAGUUCCCCGCCAAGGACUCGAGCAGCAUAGACUCGUCGCGCAUCGUGCGCGCCGACUACGCUGACCGCGCCUACGCCCACCUGGCCGCCGUCGCCCAGGACGAGUGGCGCAAGCCCGGCGCCGACUCCUGGGGCGGCGAGGGCCGCUACGCCGAGACCGGCUUCGUCAUCUGCGCCGACGCCGGCCCCGAGGUCCGCCCCGACGGCAUGAGGACCGGCCUGGGCUUCGCCAAGAGCGCCUACGUCAACGCCCUGGAGCUGGCCGAGAAGGAGGGCCUGCCCGAGGGCAGCGUGGUGGAGCUCAGGGGCCGGGAGGCCAUCAAGCAGGCCAGCGGCACCGGCGCCCCGUUCGGCGACUGGGGGUACCUGAACAAGCGCAGCGGGUGGGCGAACGCGGAGAAGAGCAUGAAGUUCCUUUACGACCGGGUCGUCACCACGGGCCGUGUGAAAUUCGUCGCAGCCGCCGUGGAGCGGCUCGAGAUCCAGGGCAAGAGGGUCACGGGUGCCAGGUUGCAGAACGGGACGUCGUUGAGCGCGGAGUUGGUAAUGGUGGCUGCCGGAGCCUGGACUCCCAGCCUGGUUGAUCUCAGGGGCCAGGCUGUAGCGACAGGGCAGGUCAUCGCCUAUACGGGCAUCUCUGACGAGGAGCAAGCGAGGUUGGCCAACGUUCCCGUGCUCAUGAACAUGACAAACUCAAACUUCAUGAUCACGCCAUCCAACAACGUGGUCAAGAUUGGGCGGCAUGCAUACGGGUACCAAAACCCCAAGACGGUCUCCACCGCCCUGGUUGUACCGAAAAAUGAGAAGGACUCGGAAUUUCCGGAAAUUGUCGUUUCGCAGCCCUACACUCAUGUAGAUGACGCCAAGCUGUGGGUGCCAGCUGAAGGUGAGCGCGAUCUAAGACAAGGCCUGCGCAGCAUGGUCCCGUGGCCGGAGUUGAAGGACCGGCCGUGGACGCACAGCCGUAUCUGCUGGUAUACGGACACGGCUACAGGCGACUUCGUCAUCACCUACCACCCACACUGGGAGGGUCUCUUCAUCGCGACGGGUGGUAGUGGGCACGGCUUCAAAUUCCUGCCUGUGCUCGGCGACAAGAUCGCCGACACCAUUGAGAAGCACGGCCCGGCAGAGUUCCAGGACAAGUGGAGUUGGAAGGAGGUGACGGACAUCGAAAAGGCGAUUGUGACGGAAGACGGCAGCAGAGGAGGCAAAGUAGGGCUUUUAUUGAUGGACGAGCUUCGAAAAAACGGCUCUCGCUUAUAG